GGAUGAAAUAGGGCACAGCAGCAGUGGAGAUGAUGACUCCGUUGUGGAUACAGCGUGUCUUGCCGGAGUGGGGUUAGGGAUAGAUGGAUAUUUCCAGUGGAGGAUCACGAUCAGCGCAUGAGGAAGUUGGAGAGCUUGGAACUGCAGCGAUGGUGGUGAUAGGCGGUUCGCUCGAUGUUCUGCUGACGCCGUUAGACCCCUAUUUGCCUGGGCGCUGGAGCCAGCAGAGGAUGACAUGCUCGACCAACUCUUUGAAUGGGGAUACCAGGACGCUUUGUCUUGGGUUUCAGAAAGAUCUGUUGUCGAACCGAAAGUGCACUUUACGUCGAGUCAAGAAGUUUCUUGAGGCAGCCCUCUUCAGCGCUAUCUUGAGCGCGAUGCCAGAUUGUGAGCGAUCUGGGUUUGCUGAAUAACUGGAGCCUUGAAUGAAUGGAUCGCGAGUGCAUCCGGAAAAAAAGAAUACUGCCGCUUCUGGGCCAAGCUACCAAAGCAUAUCAUUUGGUACUCGAGGGCAUCUCUGAGUAGACUGGAGCUGUGAACGAGCUCCUGAUGCCACGAGGCGCCAAGCUGAGCUUCCGACUCUUGCCAGAUUCAAAUCAGAUCAUGGAACGCUCUUUCGGCGAUUCUAUUUGACGCAAACAUUUCGGCGAUUUGACGCAAACAUUUCGGCGAUUUGACGCGAACAUUGCAUGAUCUAACUCCAUCAUCCCAUGUCCCAGGGGCUUCUUCCGUCCCGUAAGUGGAACCGACACCUCAUGACAUGGCCAUUGUCUUGUACAGUUAUUUUCUAUUUUCUAGAGACGACUUUUAGUUGUGGCAUUCACAACUAGCAAAUUCUUUUGUCGGUCUCCUCAAUGUUUGACCACGGCAGUGUUGGGCUAAAUGUCAUCGAAUGUGGGAAGAGGAGGACACCGCAUAAUUGUUCCACGUGUAUUAGAUUCUAUUCAUUCGUGGAGAUGGAUCUAGAUGAACUGGGCUGCUGUGGGAGAGGUUUCGGGUACUGUUGGUAUAUUAUAUUACGGUCAUAAUUAGACUUGUUUCCAUAUUACAUUUUACAGGCCACACUGGCGAGUCGUGGCGACAAAGGUGCAAAAGUGUGUAAUGGGGGUAGAGUUAAUCGAUUGGUGGCAAGGCCUUCUGUAGUGUGAUGGAGCAUUUUCUUUUUGCCUCACUAAAAGUGGUUGGCUUGCAUCUUUUGCUUAUGGGAGAAGAAAGUGCGUUUGCUUGAAAGGACUCUUCAGUUCGUGCACGACUCGCAAGGAGACAGUGCCGGCGCCGGGCGAGGAAGAUUCCGUUUCCUGUUAUCUGACGACGGUGAUGGUAAUCAUGCCGUGUUGCAGCAGCAGUUGCUAUGUGAAUAUACAUCGUCCUUCGAUUUUGAAGCGUUCACGCACAAACAUGUCAGCAGCAUGUGUGUGUGUGUAUGUGCGAUGGUGGGGAGGGGGGUGGUCGAAUGCACAGAGAGAGUCAUUGGGAUGUUGGGUUCUUCUUUAGAUUGCUCACGGAUUACUACGAAGGGUGCUCUUAUGUGUCGUCUCCCACAUCCAAGAGAAAUACGAGGCUCAAAAAGUGAGGAGAGGUAGAGGAGAGAGGUGGGGAGGGUGGGGGUGGGGGUGUGGGUGUGGGUGGUUGAAUGCACAGGGAAGAUUCAGGGUUCUUCUUGAGAUUGAUCGUGGAUUACUACUGCUCAGGGUUUCUCUAUGUGUACUCUGCGCAUCCAAGAGAAAUGUGAGGCUCAAAAAGUGAGGAGAGGUCGAGGAGAGGGCGGGGAGUUAAGUUGGGAUGAAAGGUUUGCUGUAGUAGGUUCUGCAAUGAUUACAGACAGACUCCAAGAAGUAAUACUCGUCUUCUCUGUGUGGGCAGCAGAAGACUUUUUCGAGCUUCUACUGUGAGGGCAGGCUUGAGGGCAGUUUGACUAUCUGCUAACUAUCUGAAUAUGAUAGGGAUGGGCCUUGAAAUGAUUGAAUCGUUAACAGUUCUGCUACAUGGUGAGAGAGAAUUGGUGUGCAUUCCGUUGCAGGGGAAGUUUCUGAUGGGCAACUUUGUUUAUUGAAAAGGGAGGGGAGAAGGUGGGGGAUUGAUUGGUUCAGCAUCUCAACAACCUACCGAAGCUUCGACUGCAACAAUCACUUUCUAGUAGUUUCUACUGCUGAGCCUUCAAGAAUAUUACUAUGGUUAUCUCUGAGCACGCAGCCUGUCGGAUGGAAUCUCUCACUCGUCGGAGUCUUCAUGCGAUCAGCAACGCGGCAGUAUUCUGCAUGGUGGAUUGAAUGGAUCGAUUUCCAGGCGCAACUGCCAGCUGCAAAAAUCUUGCCCAGGUAUGCGGGGAGCGCUGGAGCAUUCAGCUCUGUACAGGUUGUCCCUUCUCCUGAAUGUGCCCCUGAUCUCUAAGACAUCUUCCUUCCUGUACUGCAAAAUUUGAAAGCUGCUCAUCAUUCCAAAAUUGGACGCUUCCUGCUUCUUUGGAGAAGGAAUAGAGCAAAGGAUGUGUGUUCCGUGGUUCUGUUUCUUUUGUUUUCUGUUUUUUUAACUUUUUCUGUUUUCUUUUCCCUGACAGGUCCGGGGAUCGUCAUUGCAGUUCCUUUCCGUCCGCAAGUAAAAAGCGGAAGAGUAU